AUGGCAACGAUAGCGGCCGCCAGUUCAAACAUGGCGACUAUCACAUAUUUAAAUGGCCGCGCCACGCCCGACCUAGGGAAGCCACAAUUGGCAUCUCACGCAUGGCUUGAGCCUAUUGUGGUUGUCAGUAUCAUGAUUGGAUCUUUAAUUGUGAACCGCAGAAGGAACAGAAACUCGCUAGAAUCGCCAAACUUUUUGAAUGCGAACCGAAGUCGAGGUAGCUACGCUAUACUAGAGGACGGCGAUACUCGUAUAAUCAACGAACUCCAUUCGAAGACCGAAAAUGUGUACGGCAUUACUAUCAAAAACCGAGACUCAUCCCGCUGGUCGCACCACAUCCACAGCAGGAUCUUGCAAAAAUUUCCCUUCUUGGUUGAAAUGUUCUACUGGAUUAUGAAUUAUUUGUUUUAUUCUAUCACCAAGCGCACGGCCCAGUGGUUGUCACCGGCCCAGAUAGGAGUUGUCCAGGUUGCGCGAGACCACGCCAUCAGCAUCCUCGACUUUGAACAACAAACCGCCCCUUGGAUAUUCCCCAUCAAGGAAGUGGAAUUCCAAUCAUUUUUUAUCCAGAAUCAUCCGGCAAUUUUGACUGUAUUUAAUCGAAUUUAUUCCUUGGUGCAUAUUCCGGGGACUGUGUUAUUCCUCUCUUGGUAUUACUACGCCGCGAAAGACCAUGCUACCUUUGCUGUGGCUCGACGAACUAUGACGCUUGGAAAUUUUGUGGCCUUCUUAGUGUUCUGCGUCUACCCGUGUAUGCCCCCUCGGUUACUUCCCAAGUCCUUUGGAUUCUACGACACCGUCCGACAAGGGAAUGCCGAAAGUAUAUGGGUUGGUGGUGAAUCUGUGAAUCAAUUCGCUGCUAUGCCCAGCCUCCACUUCACAUAUGCCUUUGUGAUUGGCUGCACUUUUCUCUAUCAUUCUGGAGUGUUGCAAAUACUCUUUGGCAAGCCAACAAAAAAGUCAUGUUUGACUCGGAUUUCUUUCUUGGUGCUCGCUAUACUAUACCCGAUUCUUGUCCUGAGUGUGAUCGUUGCUACCGCCAACCACUACUGGUUAGAUGCCGUUGUGGCCAUUUUCUCGGUUACCCUGUGCUUCCGCUUCAACCGGGUUCUUUUACUCUUUCUUCCCGUCGAAUAUGCAAUCUGCUGGGCUUUACGACUCACAAAGCCCGUCCAUACCACCGGUUGCCAAAGCAGAUAA